AUGGAUGCGCUCAAAUUACUGUCCCGGUCUACCCGAUUAAAAGCGAACACCACUGAUGCCGCGCCACGGAAGAUCCCAUCGGCAUCAGGACAGGCAUCCAACUACGAAGGUCCUAAUAACACCAGCGGCCGGAAACGCAAAAGAGGUUCCGACCUUACAGAGAAUGAUAAUCUUCCAGCUGACACAUCCGCACCGCUAUCCGAGCAGGAUAUCAGACAUGUCCACAAGAAACACAACCUCAAGAUCGUGGACUUGAAUCAAUUUCGAACUCUACGCAAGUCUGUCGAGUCACGGAAGGCACAGAAAGAGCAAUCGCGAAUCUUCCCUAGGCCUCUGACUUCCUUCAAUCAACUUCGCACCGAGUACAGCGCGAAUUCAGCCCUUGCACGAAACAUUGCGGAGCAAGCAUAUCUCGAGCCCACCGAGGUCCAGAUAGCUACCUUGCCGCUCCUGCUGAACCAUGACACCGAGCCCAAUCUGCUGACGGUUGCACCUACGGGAAGCGGGAAGACCCUGGCUUUUCUCGUCCCGCUAAUUGACAAAAUCUCCAGAGUCCACAACGCAAGCGGGGAUAAAGCAGACAAACAUGUGCGCGCCAUCAUUCUGGCCCCGACAAAGGAAUUGGUCUUUCAAAUUGUCAAUGAAGGUCGGAAACUUGCGGCGAAGACCGGUGUCACCAUCACGGCAAUAAAGAAGGGAAUGAGACUUUUUGAAGACGCUGGUCAGGCGGCCGAAGGAGAGUUGGAUUCUGAUGAAGUAGAAAUUGGAGGCCAAGAACAAGACGGAUCCUGCGCAUAUGCGACAAUCGUCAAGAGCGACAUCUUAGUUUCCACUCCUCUUGGUCUUGUCCAUCUUCUCGCUCCCUCCUGGGAAGAAGGCACGGGCGUGUCACCGCACUCUCUACCAAACGUCGAGAAUUUGAUCUUCGACGAAGCAGACGUCCUCCUCGACCCGCUCUUCCGGUCCCAGACCCUUGCUAUUUGGUCGGCAUGCAAUUCCCCUGCGCUGAAGAUAAGCAUGUGGUCAGCAACAAUUGGUUCGAAUAUUGAAGAGCUGGCUGUACAAACCAUCUCUGAACGUCAGAAGAAGCUCAAAAUCCCGCGAAACGAGCGCCCACCACUGCUCCGGGCUAUUGUUGGGCUGAAAGACACGAGCUUACCAACAAUAUCGCAUCGGUUAGUCUAUACCGCGACCGAGUCCGGCAAAUUAUUGGGAAUGCGACAAUUACUCCAUCCGUCGCGGCCAAUGUCAGCAUCAAAAGGCGAGUCUGAGAAAGCGGCGCCGUUGCGUCCACCUUUCCUGGUCUUUGCGCAAACCAUCGACCGAGCGCAGGCCUUAUUCAGCGAGCUUCAAUACGAUAUUUCAGCCGAGGCAGGUGGGUCAUCGCGCGUGGCGGUGCUCCACUCGUCUUUGUCUCAGCAGGCGAGAUCUUCUAUCAUGAAAAGCUUCCGGCAGGGGAAGGUAUGGGUCCUGAUUACCACCGACCUGCUCUCGCGUGGCGUCGAUUUCAGGGGAGUGAACGUGGUGGUCAAUUACGACAUACCGACAACGGUGGCGGGAUAUGUCCACCGUGCGGGACGCACCGGACGAGCCGGAAGAGAAGGCGGUGUAUGUGUCAGCUUCUACACCAAGGAGGACAUCCAGUACGUCAAGGGCAUAGCCAACGUCAUCGCUGCCAGCGAGAAGGCGCAACGGAAGCCGGAGGGUUCCAUCACAGGCCCGCAGAGCACCGGGGCAGGCUCGUCUUCGACGGGGAAGUCGGGGAUCCAGCCGUGGCUGCUGCAUGCGCUUCCGAGUGUGUCCAAGUCGGCAAGGAAGGACCUCAAGCAGCACGGUGUCGUGUCUCGACGAGCUAUCCAUGCAGAUGAUGACGAGAAGACGAAACGGAUGAAAAGGAAGGCGAGGAUCGGGACGCAGAGUGGGUACGAGAGAAGGGAAGUCGAUCGGAAGCGCGGUGCUGUGGCGGGCAGUCUACGAGCGAAACGGAAGGUGCACCAGGAGAAAGGGGAUGAUGAAUGGGAAGGAUUCGGUUGA